UCUCUCACACACACACACACACACACACACACUCUCUCUCUCUCUCUCUCUCUCUCAAAAAUAAAUAAACAUUAAAAAAAUUUAACAAGCCAAUAAUGCUAGAACAAUUAUAAUGCUAUAACUGUAAUAAAAGUUAUGUGAAUGUGGUCUCUCUCCCUCAAAAUACCUUGCUGUGUGGGACUCACCCUUCCUGUGAUGAUGUGAGAUGACCAGAUGCCUGCGUGAGGACAUGCGGUGAGAUGAGUGACCUAGACGGGUGAUGGGGUGACUACUGACCUCCUGAUGAUUCGUCAGAAGGAGGAUCAUCGCUUGUCCACAGCGGUUGACCCAAAGACAGAUGGGACCGUGUUCAGAAUUCUCACAAAAGCUGAAGGACUUAUGGGUGAGGAUGUACCUUUAGAAUUGCUGUUCCACUUACCGGUAAAUUACCCGUCGUGUCUACCUGCCAUCUCGGUUCACUCGGAACACUUGACCCGGGCCCAGUCCAUGACCGUGAAAGAGAAGUUACUUAAGCAAGCAGAGAACCUUUUGUCGGAACCUAUGGUUCAUGAGCUGGUUCUCUGGAUUCAGCACAAUCUCAGGCACGUCCUCAACCAACCAGAAACUGGAAGUGGCCAUGAAAAGUGUACCUUUGCAACAGGCACGACUGUGGAUGAUGGACUGUGGAUGACUCUUUUGCAUUUAGAUCACAUGAGAGCAAAGACCAAAUAUGUCCAAACUGUUGAGAAGUGGGCUUCUGAUUUACAACUGACAGGAAGACUGAUGUUCAUGGGUAAAAUAAUACUGAUUUUAUUACAAGGAGACCGAAGCAAUAUCAAGGUGCCAGAAAGUGAAUACCUGAUUCUUCAGAAAACCUCCAAAGUAGAUGUGGACUCAAGUGGAAAGAAAUGCAAAGAGAAAAUGAUUAGUGUACUGUUUGAAACAAAAGUACAGACAGAACACAAAAGGUUUCUGGCAUUUGAAGUCAAAGAGUAUUCAUCGUUGGAUGAGUUACAAAAGGAAUUUGAAACUGCAGGACUUAAGAAGCUUUUCUCCGAAUUUGUGCUUGGGCUGGUAAAAUGAAAUGGAAGACAGGAAUCUUUUAGUAAGAUAGCAAUGGUUUUUUGUUUUGUUUUGUUUCGCGUUUCACAUCGGGUUUUGGGAAUGGCUAAUUGAAAUCCUCACAAGGGAACAAUUUUAAAGUUUCUCUGAAGCAAAAUGAUAGCUACCAUUCUAACUUCAGGAACAAAACCCAAUUUUGUUUAUGGAAUAUUAAACAGUAAAAACAUCCAUGUAUUCUAAUUUUUGCCAGCAAAGACUAGGUUCAAUAGAUGGAAUGUUAUUUGCAAGAUAAAUAUAAGAUGAUGAUGGUAAAUGAGCCCUUGUGUUUGUAUAGCAGAUUUGUUUGGAACUGUGCAAUUUUCUGGCUAAUUUUCUUGUAAUUAAAUGAAUUUUUUUAAAGGUUU